UGAGCGCGAGGAAAGGAUGGGCGAGUUGUCGGAGUUGUUGUUGUUUGUGUAUGCGAGGUCAGCUCAUUUUAAACACUCGUAACUUCUGUAUUUCUUAAGAAGACCUCCCGAAACUAUUUUAUCAGAGUAUCAUGUACUCAACAAUUUAGUAUUUGACUCUGUCGGGCGGCGCUGUAAUCUCGUUUUGCUACUUAUUAGCCAAGUCAAGCUAACUGACAAAACACACCAGUAAUGUUCCCGGAAAUAAGCGUCGUGACCUUCAAUAUAAAAUGCACAGCGACACGCCAGAAGUUAGCUCUUUUAUUUUGAAAAUUCAUAGAAAAUUUGACUGAACGCUCUCAUUUUUGUUGUGUCGUGCUUGACACUAGUGUAACUACUGUAGUUGCACGCAUUUAGCUACGUUGUCUAUAACAGUCGUUAUAUCCUAUAAGUGGCUUUGAGAAAUCUGACUUUACCCGAACUUUGACGGGUUUUUUUCAUUAGCCGACAGCUGUAGCAUGUUAGACGCGUGUGCGGCUUUCUAGGAGUCUUUCAGAAAGAGUUGUCGUCGGGCCUGUUCGGGUUAUUUCCAUCACUGCCAUUGGCUAACAAGUUUCUAAACAGAAAUGUCACUGGAGGGCUAUGAGAGACAUCUGGACUCGAUAAGCUCGGAUUUGAGCAGCGGGUCUGUGGUCAGUGAGCGAGCAGCUUUAGCCCCUUUUACUGGCGAAGAGGAGAAGUUGCAUUACAUUCCUAUCCGGAUCCUGGGGAGGGGGGCGUUUGGUGAAGCGACUCUGUACAGAAGGACAGAGGAUAACUGUCUGGUGGUAUGGAAGGAGGUCGAGCUGAACUCACUUUCAGAUAAGGAGCGCAGAGAUGUCAUGAAUGAAAUAAGCAUCCUCUCCAUCCUGGAGCACAAAAACAUCAUAGCCUACUUCAAUCAUUUCAUGGAUAAAAACACUCUGCUCAUUGAGUUGGAGUAUUGCAAUGGCGGAAAUCUGUAUGAUAAAAUCGUCCAGCAAAAGGGGACACUGUUCAGCGAGGAGGUGGUCAUAUGGUACCUGUACCAGAUUACUUCAGCAGUGGCCCACAUUCACAAGGCUGGGAUCUUACACAGAGAUAUCAAAACUCUCAACAUUUUCCUGACAAAGACUGACCUUAUUAAGCUGGGCGACUACGGCCUCGCAAAGAAGCUAGGCUCCGAAUUUUCCAUGGCGGAGAGUUGUGUGGGAACUCCAUAUUACAUGUCACCUGAAUUGUGCCAGGGAGCAAAGUACAACUUCAAAUCUGACAUUUGGGCCAUGGGCUGUGUACUUUUUGAGCUCUUAACGCUUACAAGGACAUUUGAUGCUACGAACCCCCUGAAUCUCUGUGUGAAAAUUGUCCAGGGCAACUGGACUAUGGAGUUGAACUCGGAUAUUUAUUCAUCUGCAAUAGUGAAGCUUGUGCAUGAGUGUCUCGAUCAAGAUCCUGCAAAGAGGCCCACCGCUGAGCAGAUUCUCGACCAGCCAUUAAUUUCCUCCUGCCGACAGGAGCUUGAAGAGCGAGUUUGCCUGCUAAAUUCAGCCAUGAAGAAACCAAAGCUGAGCACAGUGAGCGAGAGUCCUGUCGCGGUGGUUACUCAACGCUCGAGGGAUGUGUAUUACUGGGGUGGAGGGAAGUUCACUCCUCAGAAACUAGACACGUUCAAAGCAGGCAGCAGUGCCCAGUAUGUGUGUGCAGGAGAGAACCACUUUGCGGUUGUGUCAGUGGAAAAGGAGCUGUAUACCUGGGCUAAUGUACAAGGCGGGGCUAAGAUGGUCGGCCAGCUAGGGCAUGGAGACCAGGCCUCGUACCGGCAACCAAAGAAGGUGGAGAAGCUGAUAGGGAAGGCUAUCCGACAGGUGGCAUGUGGGGCUGACUUCACUGCCUGUGUCACUGAUGAAGACCAGAUGUACAUGUUCGGGUCGGACUAUUAUGGCUGCAUUGGAGUCGAGGGCGAGCUGGGCAUGGAGAUUCUGGAGCCAGUUCUUUUGGAGUUUUUUGAGGAGCGGCCGGUGCGCCAGGUUUCCUGUGGAGACAACCACGUGGUGGUGCUGACUCAGAAUGGCGACAUCUACUCGUGGGGCGUAGGAGAGUAUGGACGUCUUGGCCUGGAGUGUGAGGAUGAUUUUAAUUCUCCUAUGCAAGUGGAGAUUCCUAAAGGUGCAACUAUCUCAUCAGUGUCGUGCGGCAGUGAUGGAACUUUCUUUUUGACCGAGAUGGGCAAAGUCUUAGCAUGUGGAAACAAUGAAUUCAACAAGCUGGGGCUGACUCAAGGAUUCUCUGGAAUCAAAAACCACCCCGGAGAGAGUUACCAGGGGAUCCCGUACAUCACCACACUGACCUUGGUAAAGCAGCUGUCUCGCUUCAAGAUCCGGACCAUAGCUCCAGGGAAGACACACACAGCUGCCAUUGAUGAACGUGGUCGUCUGAUCAACUUUGGCUGCAACAAGUAUGGGCAGUUAGGCGUGAAGGACUUCAAGAAACAUCAAUGUGUCCAGGUCCUCGUUGGCCCGUUUGGAGGGAAGAUAGUGACCAAAGUGUCUUGUGGAGAUGGAUUCACCAUUGCAGCCACAGAGGACAAUCAGAUCUUUGCCUGGGGAAACGCAGGAAAUGGGAGACUCGGGAUGCCUGCUGAUAAAGGAUUCGGCUCCGAGGUUUGCCCCGCCAUGCCGAGGCCAAUAUUUGGUUCCCUCCACCAUGUCCCAGACCUUUCUUGCCGUGGUUGGCACACCAUCAUCAUAAUGGAAAAAGUACUCAACUCAAAAACCAUCCGCUCAAACAGCAGUGGACUGUCGACCGAUAGGGGGCUGGCCCAUGAGGAAUCUCCAUCCACGUCCAUGGAUCUGGACAUCGAACCUGGUGCCGAGACGGAGUGUCGCGACAGGGGUCUUGGGGGUACAAUGGAGGUUAAUACAGAGGAUUGCUUCCUGGAAACUCCAAUGAUGUCAAUGGCGAAUCAGACCGGGGACAGCUCCUGCCCUCUGUGGCUGAGAAAGGAGCUCGAAGAUGCAGAGUUCAUCCCGAUACCAGACAACUCGGAGCCUCUCACUCCAGACCAGCUCUCUUCCUUCUCUAAGAGUGUUACUUUACCGUAUGAAGAACUGAAAGAGCUUAAAGCAGCUGCAGCAGCAGUCGGCAGCAAGAAGGACCUACCGACAAAACGAAUGAGCUGUGAUAAGGUGAACGGACUGGAGGAGACUGCUGGCUUGGCAAGAGGAGAGUCUUAUGGGUGUUGCAAUUCAAGUAGUGAGCUGACACAGCUGCGAGAGACAGUCGCCCGUCAAGAGAUGAGGAUCCAAAUGCUUGAGAAACAGAUCAGCGAGCAGCGGCUGGAGAAUGAGAGGCUCUGGGCGGCCAUCAAUCGUUCUGCGCUGCAAGGAGCAGUAUGUGACAGUAAUGGAAACCAUCCCUCCGCUCAUACGCCCAUGGAUGGAGGAAGAAGAAGAGGCGGGCUCACAAAUCACGGAGGCCGAUCUGCUGGGGCCAGCGUGUGAGGCUUAACGCACAGAUGUCCUGGCCAUGGGAGAAAUGUCAAACCCUCCUAGCACAUACUGAGUUGAGCAACGUGAGGUGGAAGGGCAGCAGAGACGUCAUCCUCAUUUCCACUCAGCGGUUACAUGACAGAUGUUAGCACAGUGCUAAGUUUCACGAUUACAUUUUAUUGCAUAUGUGUAAUAAUGUAACAAUGCAUCGCACACGCUCAGUGCGAGCCAGCCCGAUCCUCCAGACAGGAAAUGUUGGCUGGAUUCAACAAGAAGCAUCAGACCUUAACGCCUGGGAGAGACAAUCUGGUCAUAGUGUUACACUGCCACGUGCAGCAGACGGUAAGUCUGCACGUUUGGUGGUGUUUUUGUUCCGUUUUGGUGACGCUUCAGUCCUUUAGUGCCUCAGAUGUUAGUAUUUAUCAAAUACCAGGUAAGGCUAGCUUAUGCAAAUGUAUCCAAAGUGUUUGUAUAUGCAAAAAGUUGUCAGUCUGUAUGCUGGCAACUUCUUCCAAAGUAAAAACAUAACACGUGCAUCACGUUUUGUUCCACUUUUUACAUUUUCAUUUCUUCUGAUAUUCCUAAAAGGUGAAAGCGCUAAACAGAACUCAGCCUCGAAAACUCUUUUGGUGUUUAUCGCACAUUUUAGCGAUUGCAAACUUAUUCGAAUUAAUUCAUGCAAACAUAUACAUACAGCUUAAAUUGCAUGUUUUAUUGUCGUAUUAAGAGCACUUGUGUGAAGCAAAAAAAACUACUGAUUCUUUUUUCUUUUUAAAUGCGAGUUAUUUUUCCUGUUUUCUUUGUGACACUGAACACUUGAACAGUUUGCGUAAAAACAAUUGUGGUCUUUCAAACAUUUAUUCUGUAGUUGAACAUGAAGCUAUAACAUUUUUUUGUUUCUGUUUUUUUUUUUUGUAACUGUUUUGUCUCUGAAACUUUUUGAAAUUUCCUCAUUUUUUGUUUGCAAUUUUGUCAUUUGUGAAAGCAAAAAUGUUUAUAUUUCAUUUUUCUUUUUUUGUAGCUCUGUUGGGUCCGUUUAUUGUCAUGUUAUGAGCUAUACACAUGCUUCAAAUAUCAACUGUGUAACUCCAGAGUAUUUUUUUUUUAAUGCUGAGGGAAAAACAUCAUACAUUACAGAGUGCCUUAAGCUAUUGAAAUUUGAAUUUGUGCAUAUAUGACUGCUGUGCCUUAAAUUGAUUUUUUUUUUUUUGUGUGUGUGUGUGUGUGUGUGUGUGUGUGUGUGUGUUCAGUUUUUAAAAAUACGGUUUACUUUUUUUUUUCUUUAAAUAGUUUACCAAAUACUGCUGGGAUGCAACAGUUGUAAAAAAAAAAAAAAAAAAAACUCUGCAUCUCGCCCAGUCACUCUGUUUGUCUAUGCUUUGUGCACAAGCCAUAAAUAAAACUGUUAUCUUUCA